ACGCUUGACCCCCCAUCAUCAAAGCUAACCAAUCAAAUCCAUGGCUGCUCUACGCAUAUAAUUAAUUUACAACUUCUUUCAGCAAUCAUACAUCAUCAUUCAUCAAUACUCCAACCAACAAAGGUGUCUGUGAAGUCAUUCAUUACGCCCACUCUGAAUCUAACAAACCCAGGAGAGGAUUAUAGAGUACUGCAGAACCAGAAGCCGAAAUCUAAGAAGAUGGGUAGACUCGGCUGCGACCUUGAUGGGAACAUGAAUGAAUCAAAGUUCAGUGACCCCAUGCCUUGGAUUGGCCUCUAUGUAGCAGCAGCAUCUGUGGCCUGUGCAAUUGCAAUGGCUUUAGAUGUCAUCCAUGGCUUCCGCAACAGGAAAUUCUGGUUUCCCAGCAAGUAUUUCUCUCUCAACGCGACUUCGCUUACCAUACUACCAGUGGCAAUCAAAUUCUCAGUGGAUCUCAACACCCCCAUGCCUCGUGGUCUGGAUCAGCUUGCAAAACUCAGCAGUGCUGCCUUAUUCUGUACAAUUAUGGGUAAUUCUAUGCCUUCAAUAGGAACCAUGGAGAACAGUGAAAUCUUGACAAACGUUGUAGCGUUGGCGAUACUUGUUAUCACUGUGGCUGUUAACAUCUGCAUCCAAUUGGGUACUGGUAUUAUCUAUGUUUUCAGGAUUGAGCAUAUUUUCUUCACCUUCCUCAUGCUUGUUUUGCUCCUGAUCUUGAGUUCUUCUGCUUUGACUGUGCCAACCAUUAAGCGAUAUUUAGAAAUUAAGUACAAGAUGAAACAUGAAAAAGCUCUGAAAGAAGGCUGUAGUGAACAAGAGUGUUCAGCUACAAAAGAAGCUUACAGUGAUUCUGAGAGAACACUCUUGCAGAAGCUCAAAGAAGAUUUAAUGAAGCAUUGGAUGAUGGCUCAUACCUCUAGCCCGCAAUUUGUAAUGGGACGUUCCGCAACCUGCAUUGCCUCUGGUGCAUUCUGUCUCUUGGGUGCUCUAGUCUUAACAGAAGCCAUGCUUCGUUAUUACUUGAUGCCCCAGUCAUUCAGAUUCUGCAGUGGGAAGUCUGACUACAAGUGGUCAGCCACUUUAGUACUCUUUUCACAGACCAUUGCAGUGGGAGUUGGUACAAUUGCUCCGGCUCUUAGAUGGUUCACUGCCAUAAAUUUCAGGUGCCCGACAAGAGGGAAGAUUAUCUACAGGAAAAAUAUCAAGGUAGAAAGGUAUUGGAUCCAGAUGCUACUGGAAAUGAAAGACUGCCCAUUAAGAAUACGAAUCCGUCAUAGGUAUUGUAGGAAACUUGCCCAUGAUGCCAAAAAUAAACUCUUGGACCUCUGUUUGGGAAUACAAAUGGCAGUUGUGUUGGCGAGCAAAAUGAUUCAAUUUCUAUCCAUCUUCUUGAUAAGCAGGGUCUUGUUUCUUUUGGCUUGCUGCAGAGAGUUGAAGAAGAAGUUUAUACCCAACAACAGCAUUUCAUUUGAGUCAGGAGACUCACAAUCAGAGUCACGGGGCAUAACAAGGCAGGAUCUUUGUCAAUUUGUUUUGCAUCUUGAAGGUGAGAAUGCACUAGUUGAAGUGAUGAUGAAGGGUAACUGUGAUGCUACUGACCACUGGAUACAGAAAGGAAAGAAGGAACAGCCCAAGCAUCUGCAAGAAAUUUUAAAUAUGUCAUCACGUGCACAAGCAUUCAAGGGAGUGAAAGAGUUUGACACUGACCUCGUUCCCUCUUUGGACUCUCAACAACCUCCAAACUGUUGGGCCCUUCCUGUUGUAACUCUGGCAAGCAUCGCAUUAGCGCUUCCGAACAUCAAUAGUCUCCAAGCCAAACAGUUGAUACAUGGCGUACAAGAAGGCCUAGUAUACAUUAACCUCAUAGAAGAGUUCCUGGAUGCAAAACAAGAUCAGCUAAACCUCAGGAGGGCAGCAAGUAUUGUGUGGCAGGGGGUUGAUCUACAUCAUAGAUGGCUAGAUGUCGAUCUCCACAAAUUAUCCAUCCAAGCGGAAAGCACGAAAGAAGUACUAGAAAGAGUUUCAAAUGCUGCAAAGAAAAAGUAUGAGGAGCUUAAGAAGACGCACCUGAAUCAAUGUUUAAAUAAACGCCCCUCAUAUUGGCCCAUCAAAUUAUUGGCAGCUAAUUCCAUGUAUAGAAUUAGCCAAACAGUUCUGCUAAAGCACAAGAACAGCAAUGAUAUGGUACCCGAAAGAUUGUUUGAAGAACUGUUGGCGACAAUCUCUGAUAUUCUUGGUGCAUGUCUCACUAAUUUACCACGCGUUGUAUCUCUGAAGUGUUUACGCAGCACCAUUGAAGCGAGAGAAGUGAGCGUUCGCCAUGCAGUUUUACUUCUAGGACAAACUGAAGAAAUUCUGAAACUUCUACAACACCGAGCACCAGUCAAUCUGGAUCCAGAUCAAAUGGCAAGUAUUGAUGAGUGGCGUUCAUUACACAAGCGGACGAACCCAUUGUCUACUGCUCCAUCUUCACCAGAGAAAAAAGACACUUCUAUUUCAAGCGACUUCUACCUAACGAUAGAGUGAACUUUACAAGCCUCAAUCCAAAGACAGAAGCCGCUGAUAUUUACGUGACUAUGAAUCUUGCUGCCAAAACUAUCUAGAUGUGUUUCAUCUGUUCUCUUUCAUGUACAUAUCUGAUUACAGUCACUAUGUAACAUAAUGAAUGCCUUGGAAAAUGAAACUACGUGUAGAUUUCAUGAAGCUGCAACUAGUUAUAUCAUUAGCCCAGCUGUGGCAGAACUAGAGAUUGUAUGCAAUAUAAAAAAUUUAAAGGAAAAUAAAUUUUACAUCAAA